AUGAUCUUUCUAAUUAUCCAAAUAUCUAUGAUUAUUAAAGAACAUCCGAAUUGCACUAAUGUAUUAGAUAUAGUACAUUCAAAUUGCACUAAAGCAGUGGAAAUAGCACAUUCAGACUGCACUAAAGCAGGAGUGACAUUACAUUCAGAUUGCACUAAAGCAGGAGUGACAUUACAUUCAGAUUGCACUAAAGCAGGAGUGACAUUACAUUCAGAUUGCACUAAAGCAGUAGAGAUAUUACAUUCAGACUGCACUCAAGCAGUGAAGACAGUACGUUCAGACUGCACUCAAGCAGUAGAGAUAUUACAUUCAGACUUCACUCAAGCAGUGAAGACAGUACAUUCAGACUGCACUCAAGCAGUAGAAGUAGUACAUUCAGACUACACUGAAGCAGGAGAGAUAUUACAUUCAGACUGCACUGAAGCAGGAGAGAUGUUACAUUCAGACUACACUGAAGCAGGAGAGAUAUUACAUUCAGACCACACUAAAGCAGUAGAAGUAGUACAUUCAGACUACACUGAAGCAGGAGAGAUAUUACAUUCAGACUACACUGAAGCAGGAGAGAUAUUACAUUCAGACUACACUGAAGCAGGAGAGAUAUUACAUUCAGACUACACUGAAGCAGGAGAGAUAUUACAUUCAGAUUGCACUAAAGCAGUAGAGAUUUAA